AUGUCGUCCUCCGCCUCCCAGUCAACCCGCGCCAUCUACCUCGACUCCACGGGCACCCUCUCCAUCUGCUCCAUCCCAUCCCCUUACACCCCAACCGCCGACCUGCGCCACUUCUACAUCGGCGAACACUCGUACAUAACCGAAUACGACUUCAUUGGCCCCGUGGUCUCGACUAGUCCCGGCUCUCCCUUUCAAGUUGGCGACGUCGUCUUCGGCCUGGCAGGCUUCUCUCGCCAGCGUCCGUCGUCCGACGGCGCGCACCAGGACUUCUUCCUGGCCGAGGCCGAGGGGACGUUCAAGCUGCCCGCUGACGUAAGGUCGACUCUGGACGAGCUGACGCAGGUUGUUAGCUGGCCGGUCGGGGUGCAGACCGCGGUCGACACCCUCUUCAAUAGUUUGGAUUUUGCGUUCCCGCCUGUGGCUUCGGUCAAGGGGGCUGAUCCGAAGGGGAGGAGUAUACUUAUUGGCGGCUCCUCAAUCGUUGGCCUAUUCACCAUCCAACUCGCCAAAAUCGCCGGCUUCUUUCCCAUCUACACCACCGCCUCACCCCACAACCAUGCCACUCUUCUCGAGCUCGGCGCAACGGCCUGCUUCGACUACCGCUCCCCCACCGUCGUAGACGACAUCCGCGCCGCCGCCCUCGCCAGCGGCAAGGAACUCACCGUUGCCUUCAACGCCGUAACCCAGGGAACGAGCUUCGGCAAUCCUCCCUCGGAUAAGCCCUUGGACGUGUCCCAGGUCUCCUUCACACUUGCCCGGCGCUGCCUGACCGAAGGCAGCAACGACGGCUUACGGCUGUGCGCCAGCUUGAAGGUCGAGGACGAUCCCAACUGGAGCUUUUGCCUUGCAGUGCGUCCGGCUGAGGUCUGGCCCGAGUACCAUGUCCGAAUGAAGGCUAUACUGGAGUGGGUGUAUGCGAACCACAAGACGGCCAUCAAAGUUCCUAAGAUCCGGGUUAUCAAGGGGGCAGAGGAGGGAAUCAAGGCUAUUUAUGAUGUCUUUGAAGGCAGGGUUAGUAUGGAGAAAGUUGUCAUUGAGCAUCCUAUGUAG